AUGAACUAUUUGUUGCUGAACACACUCGUUGUCAUCGUCUUUGCGAUAAGUUUUGGUCCUGUAAAUGGCCAGAUACCGGGAGGCUUCCACAAUAUAGAUGCUAACAACGAUGAGGUUCAGGGGAUGGCAGACAGAGCGGUUAUGAAGUAUAAUACAAUGCGUAAUGGUAUUUUUUACAUGACAAAGGUUAAAAUUAUUAGCGCCAGACAACAGCUUGUGGCAGGAACAAAAACUGUUCUUGAGAUUCUGGUUCAAGAGUCAACUUGUGAGGCACGGGUGAAUCAUAUGACUUUGUUUGUUUUCUCGUUUAUAACUGCAGACGGUUAG